CUCUCCAUCCACGAGACCGAGGACCCCAAUGACAACCGGUACCUGCUGGUGAUGAAGGGCGCCCCCGAGCGCAUCCUGGACCGCUGCUCCACCAUCCUGCUGCAGGGCAAGGAGCAGCCCUUGGACGAGGAGAUGAAGGAGGCCUUCCAGAACGCCUACCUAGAGCUGGGCGGCCUGGGCGAGCGCGUGCUGGGUUUCUGCCACUUCUACCUGCCCGAGGAGCAGUACCCCAAGGGCUUCGCCUUCGACUGCGACGACGUCAACUUCGCCACCGACAACCUCUGCUUCGUGGGGCUCAUGUCCAUGAUCGACCCGCCGCGCGCCGCCGUGCCCGACGCCGUGGGCAAGUGCCGCAGCGCCGGCAUCAAGGUGAUCAUGGUGACCGGCGACCACCCCAUCACGGCCAAGGCCAUCGCCAAGGGCGUGGGCAUCAUCUCGGAGGGCAACGAGACGGUGGAGGACAUCGCGGCGCGCCUCAACAUCCCCGUGAGCCAGGUCAACCCUAGGUGCCCUGUGCCCGGCACUGCCCUGUGCCCGUGUCCCAUGGGGUCCUGUCCCUGGCGCCSGUCACUUCCCCGUCCCCCCGUGCCACCGCAGGGCGCCAUCGUGGCGGUGACGGGCGACGGCGUGAACGACUCGCCGGCGCUCAAGAAGGCCGACAUCGGCAUCGCCAUGGGCAUCGCCGGCUCCGACGUCUCCAAGCAGGCGGCCGACAUGAUCCUGCUCGACGACAACUUCGCCUCCAUCGUCACCGGCGUGGAGGAAGGGCGCCUCAUCUUCGACAACCUCAAGAAGUCCAUCGCCUACACGCUGACCAGCAACAUCCCCGAGAUCACSCCCUUCCUGCUCUUCAUCAUGGCCAACAUCCCGCUGCCGCUGGGCACCAUCACCAUCCUCUGCAUCGACCUGGGCACCGACAUGGUGAGCGGGGCGCCCCCGGGCGCGCUGGGGUGUCCCCAGAUCUCUGGGGUGCCCCCACAUCCCGUGGGGACCCCCCUGGAACCCCCAAAAUGGGGUCUUCAAUGGCAAGGAACCCUCUGAGAUGCCCUUAGGGGUCAGUGGGGUCUCC